CAAAAGUGCCAAACUCGCUUCCGGCAUGCCGUUCCACAUUCUCGAUGCUUGAUCCAGAUUCGCUGCUCAUCCAAGGCUCCCGCUCUCACGCGGAUCACCUGCCAUCGCUUGGCAGUGCCGAGGCAGCCACCUCUAUGGCUCUGCGCAGACACUCAUCAGAAUCUUCGUCCUCGCCGAACCUCACUGGUUUUUUACAUACCAUCACCUCUUCCACCCCCAACGCCUUUCUGCUCUGCUCGCAACGUGAUCGCCGCCACGCCUGCUGGUUGCAUUACGGCGCUGUCGACUCUGAAGCUCUUUCGCUGCUAACACUGGUCUUCGGCUGUCCAGCAAAGUGAUCGGAUCCGACAUCCGUUGGCCAUUCUCGAUCCAAUCCCUUCGACAUGCGCUUCACUUCGUUCACCGCGCUGGCUGCAAUUGCCGCGUUGUGCAUUUUGCCUCACCUAGCGGCGGCGCUGGACCAAAUUUCUAGACGUGGCAAGUACCUCGUCAAUCCCGCAGGCCAGCGAUUCUCGAUCAAAGGCAUUGCCUACCAGGAAUCGGUGGCGACCGAAGUCGCUGAGGGCACGACUUACCCCGAGCCUACAAGCUUCGUCGACCCUCUCGCACUAUCAGAUGCCUGUCGAAGGGAUGUUCCGAAUCUCCGCAAUCUCGGUGUCAACGUCGCAAGAGUGUUCAGCGUUAAUGCCUCGCUCAAUCACGACGACUGUAUGCGCGAAUUCAGUCAAGCAAACAUCUACGUCAUCCUGGACAUGGCUCUGCCCGGAAACGCAUCCAUCAAUCGAGCUGAUCCAGUAUGGGACACUUCGUUGCUCCAGCAAUUCACAUCUGUGGUAGACGCCUUCGCCAAGUACGACAAUGUUCUCGCCUACAACGUGGCAAAUGAAGUGGUGACAGCCAACAACAACACGGAUGCGCUGCCAUUCGUACGAGCCGCUGUUCGAGACGUCAAAGCUUACUUGCGCGGUCGCGACCUCAAUACCCUCGUGACAUACACUUCGGCAGACGGACCCGAUGGCGCGCAGGGUCGUCGUCUCCUGCAAGCUCGCUACCUGACCUGUGGCGAUGAGGCAGAUACGAUCGAUUUGUACGGCCUCAACAGCUAUGCUUGGUGCGGCGAAAGCAAUUAUCAAGCUUCGGGCUACGCCACGCUGGCCGAGGACUUCGGGUCUCUCCCAGUGCCCGCAUACCUGUCGGAGUUUGGCUGCGCGCAGGGAGGUUCAGCAAAUAGGCCUUGGACUGAGGUCGCCGCCAUCUACUCGCCGCCUUUCAGUGACGUCUUCUCUGGAGCUGCCGCAUUCCAAUACUUCCCGCUCAAUGCCAGUGCCGGCGGACUUGACUACGGUCUGACGGACAUCAACAAUGGACAGGUCACCCUUCGAGCCGACUGGGACAGGCUUCGCGCGCAAUUUGCCAAUGCGACCACGCCAGGCAUCCCCUCACCCUUGCCAGCGACCUCCGCUGACUGUCCUGCUCAGUCCGAUGCGCUACUUGCCAGCUCGCAACUCCCUCCCACGCCCAAUGCUGCACUGUGUGCAUGCAUGCAAGCUAAUGUCUGGGAGUGCCAACCUCGGCCUGCGACGGUCAAUGAUCUGCCGCUUCUGGGCGAGACUGUCGGAGCUGCGUGCUCCCUGCUCGAUCAAAACGAUGCGCCAGUCUCUUGCUCGGCCGCUCUGGAUGGUAACGGCGCGACAGGCACCUAUGGCAAUUGGAGCCAAUGCAAUGCCCAGCAGCGCUUGAGCUGGGCAAUGUCCGAGUACUACGGUCUGUUCCGCAACAGCUCCGACUCGUGCAGCUUCUCCAACAAUGCGGCUCUGGUGCCGAGCAUCUCUGCUUCUGCUGUACAAGACGGAUCCGCCCAGGCUCAGUGCAUCUCAUCCAACGGAGGAGCCGUUGCGCGCGUUUUUGAUCCUCCUCCCACUGGAUCCAGCAGUGGAGGAGGUGGCAGCGGCGGUGGAUCCGGCGGCUCUAGUAGCGGAUCAGGAAACGACAACUCUGGUGCGGUCAUGCAUCUGCACCCAGUCUAUAUCCUUGCCUCGGCCUGUGUGGCUCUUGCGCUCGCCUCUGCCAUCUAGUCCGAGUUGGCUGAGUUGCAUUCCGUUCGAGAAUACGUCUCGAUGUAGGACUUUGGAAGCUUUCGUCCUUGUACCAUUUUAUCAGACAAUUGCAUCCACGAUUUCGUGUGCCGUAGAUUCGCUUCAGCGUCUCGCCUUGCCCAACUUCACUCUGCUCUCGUUUCUCAGGGACAAAGAAGGAAAAGGUCGACUUGGAAGCGUGUCACCGAUUGAGGAUUUGCGCCUGAAAUGU